AUGCUCGCGUCUUGCUCGGGCAGGAAGGGGCCGGAGGGCAGGUACCCGCUGCACUACCUCGUCUGGCACAACCGCGCCCGUGACCUGGACCGGGAGCUCAGCGCCAAGCAGGCCGACAUCGAGCAGCUGGACCCCCGAGGACGCACUCCCCUGCACCUGGCCACCACACUGGGCCACCUUGAGUGUGCCAGGGUGCUGCUGAAGCAUGGAGCCGACGUGGGCAAGGAGAACCGCAGCGGAUGGACAGUCCUGCAGGAGGCUGUGAGCACCCGUGACCUGGAGCUGGUGCAGCUGGUCCUGCGCUACCGUGACUACCAGAGAGCCAUCAAGCGCCUGGCCGGGAUCCCUGUCCUGCUGGAGAAGCUGCGCAAGGCCCAGGACUUCUACGUGGAGAUGAAGUGGGAGUUCACCAGCUGGGUGCCCCUGGUGUCCAAGAUCUGCCCCAGCGACACCUACAAGGUGUGGAAGAGUGGCCAGAACCUGCGGGUGGACACCACGCUGCUGGGCUUCGACCACAUGACCUGGCAGCGGGGCAACCGCAGCUUUGUCUUUCGGGGACAAGACAGCAGUGCGGUGGUGAUGGAGAUUGACCAUGACAGGCGGGUGGUCUACUCAGAGACGCUGGCCCUGGCUGGCCACGACCAGGAGGUGCUGCUGGCUGCUGUGCAGCCCACCGAGGAGCAGGUGAUGGGGCGGCUGACGGCCCCCGUCGUCACUACCCAGCUCGACACCAAGAACAUCGCCUUCGAGAGGAACAAGUCCGGAAUCCUGGGCUGGAGGAGCGAGAAGACAGAAAUGGUGAAUGGGUAUGAGGCCAAGGUCUAUGGUGCUUCCAAUGUGGAGCUGAUCACACGGACACGGACCGAGCACCUCUCAGACCAGCACAAGGGCAAGAGCAAAGGCUGUAAGACCCCCCUGCAAUCCUUCCUGGGCAUCGCUGAGCAGCACGUGGGGCCCAACAAUGGGACACUGAUCACGCAGACACUGAGCCACGCCAACCCCACUGCCAUCACCCCUGAGGAGUACUUCAACCCCAACUUUGAGCUGGGCAACCGGGACAUGGGACGGCCCAUGGAGCUCACCACCAAGACACAGAAGUUCAAGGCGAAGCUGUGGCUGUGUGAGGACCACCCGCUGUCCCUCUGCGAGCAGGUUGCCCCCAUCAUCGACCUCAUGGCAAUAAGCAACGCUCUCUUCGCCAAACUGCGGGAUUUCAUCACCCUGCGCCUCCCGCCCGGCUUCCCUGUCAAGAUCGAAAUCCCCAUCUUCCAUAUCCUCAACGCCCGAAUAACCUUCGGCAACCUCAAUGGGUGUGACGAGCCUGUCAGCUCCCUGCGGCACAGCCCCAGCAGCGAGGCACCCUCACCCAGCAGCGACUCCUCCAGUGUCAGCAGCUCCAGCUCCCUGACCUCGUGCCGAGCGUGUGAGAUGGACCCGGCGCUGUUCGAGGUGCCGCGGGGGUACAGCGUGGUGGGCACCCACCAGGACGCCCUGCGGGAGGAUGAGGAUGACCUGCUGCAGUUUGCCAUCCAGCAGAGCCUGCUGGAAGCGGGCAGCGAGUAUGACCAGGUGACCAUUUGGGAAGCACUGACCAACAGCAAGCCGGGCACCCACCCCAUGUCGCACGAGGGCCGCCGGGGAGACAGGUUGGUAAGGUCUGGCCAGCCCCCCUGGGGGGAGUGGGUGUGGGGGCUGGAGCCACGGGGACCCCACUGAGUCCCUGCCGCCCCCAGGACUCCCCAGCACACGGCAUCCCCGCAUCCCCCCGUGGCCCCGUCGCCGGGGGGUGGUGGGGGGCCCAGGGCCCUGUUCCCCAGCUACGCCGAGCAGCUGCGCCUGGCUAUGGCGCUGUCGGCGCGGGAGCAGGAGGAAGCGGAGCGCCGGACACGCCAGGAGGAGGAGGAUCUGCAGCGGAUCCUGCAGCUCUCGCUGACGGAGAAGUGACCCCGCACCCCCACUGAGCCCCU